UGUAACAUUUGUUGCGUCGGUGGUCGAGCACGGGACGGUUUUGGAGCAUGAGUGUGCGAUCGACAAGGCUCGUCGAUUUCGGUUCCUCGCGGCUUACGGUAUGCUCUGGCCGAAGAGGUUUUGCUGGGAGCACAAAGAGGCGUGCGACCCCCCGCGCCGAAUCGCAAAGACCUAGUCCUGCUCCACCCUCUCCUCCGUUGACGAACCGUUCGCAUUCCGGCCAAGAUGCUGCAUCGCGGCUCUCGGCCAGUCUCAGGAUCCGCAACAAGCUCAAUAUACUAGAGACUCUUUUUUCUGAUCCAUCACCAUUGCGCUUUUCACUGGGCAAGGAGAGGAUUCAGCGCGCGGGGGAACUCGUCGCACAGACGUCUUCACACACAGGGACUCAACGUCCUCUAAGAAUAGGCGUCGUCGGGACGAGGGAGUCAGGAACGGCGCAGCUGGCGACUGCGCUUCUAGAUGAACCGCUGGUCGAGUCAGCCGAGCUUCGGCGCACGAAGGAACCGGUAGACCGCAUUGAUGCCGUAGGGCGGCGCUACGAGCGAAGGGCCGGACUUCAUCCAAAGCUGCUGCGGAUCUUUCACGACGAGUUUCUGGGAGCAAGCGAAGACGAGCAUCAUUUUGCCGUGCCUCAUCCUUGGCUCCUAGAUCAACACAUCGAGAUUGUUGAGCUCUUAGACCCGGAGUUCAACGACUACACGAUCGGGGAGCUAUACUCGUGCGAUUCACUCUUCUUCGUCAGCGAUGCUGCGCUCCUAUCCUCCCGUUCCCGAUUUGCCGGCAAGGUCGGGCCUGAUUCGACUCUGCAACUUCUUGAAUACUUUGCCGACAAGCCAGGAACGCGGCUUGUGAUCAAUCAUGCCCCAGGGUUUGCUAAGGGUGCCGGCUCGUCGCUGGAACAUUCGAUAAACAGAGAUACCCUUGAUGUGUUAAAAGGCCAGGCCAGGCGGACUUCGAGCGGUGUCGAGAGCGCGUUGCUUGAUGUUUCCCUCGAUGAGGCAAUAGCGGCAAAUGAAGCACUCCGACAGGCCCUGACUUCGAGUCCUGCCACUUCGUCUGAUUCUGCGGCAAGAGCUUGGGAGGACUUUGCAACGCUUUACAACUCGUCAGGUGUCCGUCAGAUCAAAUCAUUAAUGGAGAGACCGCCUCUCGAAGCGGCCUUGAACGAAAACGAGUCAUUUCAAGAAGCCAUUUCCGUGCAGACAGCCUUGUUUGCCGCGCGGCACGCCCUCGACGAAGCGGGCAACACAAGGCGGACGAUCGUCGAAUUGAUCAACAAGGCUCGAGGCGCAGCCAAUGUGCUCCAACGUGAUGCACAAUCGCAGGAAGAGAGCUGGAUGCGGUCACUUUUCCUCUUGCCUGCAUCAGAGACGCUGCCCGAAACGAGCGAGAGUCGUGUACACCAGCGCUCUGGCGACCGCAGCAAGCGGGUUGAAGGAUCGGUGCGGGACUCGAGAGGCGUAGUCGAAAAGUCAUUUGCCUCUCGUCUGGCUUGGUGGCGCAUCUGGUGGCGAGUCGAUGAUGUGCGAGCUGAGAUGGAGACGGCAAUCAGCAAGAGCUUUGCAAGGGACCUCGAGUCACAGCUCCGGUUUGAAGCUGGUAAGCUCCUCUACUACUCGCAAAAGCUCAACGACAACCUUGCCACGUACAUUGCCUCGCUCAAGCAGACCAACCAGAGCGACGCCGAGCAAACAAUCCUCACCCCCACACUCCUCAAUGCGCUUCGCGCAGAUUCGACAGAGGAGGUUGCGACCCGACUUCACGCAGACAUUCUCAGCAGACCAAUAGAGGAACGAAGGAAGCUGCUGCUGGCUCGAGGAGGGCCCAUCGAUGUUUUGUCUGCCCGUGCCCAGCGUGCUGUGCUCUCAUCGGUCACUCUCGUGGGAUGUGCGGGGAUCACGAGCGUGGUGGGCACCGUUGCAUCCAGCCCAUGGUCUUCGGCGCUACCUGCCGCCCUAUCUCACAUGGCCAUGCUUCCCUCCACUGCGGGAGGUCUUUUCGCCUUUGCCACGGUAGCUUCUGCAUGGAUCUUGCAGAGCCGGUGGGCGCGCGCAAAGAAGAAGUUCUGGCGGGACUGGGAAAGCGUCGCGAAUGGCCUCGACGACGACCUCCGCUUGAACUUUCACGAGGCUUUCCGGAGCACUGCCGCUGCGCAGUCGCACACGGCGUCAAGGGAGCUACUGCGGGUAGCUGCAGAGAAGGAAGAGGCUCUGAGGGGCAUCGAGAGCCUUUGGCAGAGGGUGAAAGACGGAGGGGCACACGACAACAAGCAACCUUUGAGCUAAUUGCAUGCUACUCAAUACACAAAUGCGCACUUUGCGGUGACGAAGAUUCUGUCCUUCGGGCAAUUUGUCUUGUGUGAGAAGCAGCUAAGGGCGAUGGAAAAGGCUGAAGGGCCUUGGCACAUCUGCACUCUAAUUGGGCUUCCGACACCCUGUGCCCGGGGUAAGGGCACAGGUUUCAACCGCGGUCUCUGUCGUGUGGCUGUAGUGAAUGAAGCUGAACAAAAUAUAGGCUAAAGGGAUUCCGAC